AUGAGGUUCGGUUUCCUCACAUUGAGCACUUUGCUCGCCAGCGCUGCAUCUGCGCUCCCAGCAAAGCGUGCCACCGGACCAUUCUUGACACAGGUCGACAAUGAGACGUGGGUUAUUGGCAAUGAGUUGUGGAACAUGACCCAGGGCAGACAAUAUGGCGUCAAGCUAUUCUACCAGGACCAUGAUUGCGUAGGGGAUGCUGUCGGCCAUUAUGUCUCUUACAACGGUGCAGCGUCCGACCUCAACUGGACAUCAGCAUCGAUUGUAUCGUCUGGUACUCACGACGGCAAGUCCUUCAUUGACGUGCUCUUCACCGCCAAAGAGGGCGACUUCCACUGGAUCAUCUUCGAGGGGCUGGCCGGUGCGUAUCAGUACUUUGUCAACCAUGCGCUGCCGACUCUAGGCGAGUUCCGUACCUUGUGGCGGCUAGACAACACCACCUUUCCCAAUGGCAAGACAGACCAACGCGACGAACCGCUGCCGCCAUUGUCCGAAUAUCUACCACAGAACAAGGUCCAGGACGAGACGUGGCUGAAGCCAGACGGGAGUGGUUACAUCACUAAGUACGACUUCACGACUUGGAUUCGCACACAGACGUAUUAUGGAGUAUAUGGCAGUGAGUUUGGCAGCUGGUAUAUCAAUGCUGGGAAGGAUUAUUACAAUGGAAAUCAUCUGAAACAAGAGCUGUUCGUCCACCGAGAAUCGUCCACGGGCGAUGCGGUACAGCUCAAUAUGAUUCACGGCACGCAUUUCCAAGUUUCAUCGUCUGAUGUCUUCCCAGAUGGUAAGAUGUGGGGUCCAUGGCUUUGGUAUCUGAAUGACGGAUCCAAAUCUGACGCUGCUGCCCGAGCUGCAGAGGAGUUUGGCUCGUGGCCGUAUUCCUGGUUCGAGGAUGAGGCCUACCACACUCGCGGCAGCGUCAAGGGCAAGCUAGUUCUGUCCGAUGGGCGUCCCGCAUCGAAAGCAGCAGUCUUCCUUGGCGAUAAUCGCCCGAAUAAGACGGCACUAGAUAUGGGCAGUGAAUACUACUACACCGGCUAUGCUGACGAGAGUGGGAAUUUCGAACUCAAAAACGUUCGCGUCGGGACCUACGGUUUCCAGGCAUGGUCGAACGGUAGUAGCAUCCGGGAUGUAAGCACAUCUCUCCUGAAGAAUGAUGUCACCAUUAGUGAGGAUGCGACUACUGAGUUGGGUACCCUGGAAUGGACAAUCUCGACCAAGAAGAAACUCUUCCAAGUUGGCGACUUCGACCGCUACAGUUACGGCUUCCAGUACGGAGGAGCCACGCCUCAACAUGCGCUAGUGGCCAAGUGUCCUGCCAACUUGACCUACACGGCCGGAUGUUCGAAGACGUCCGAGUGGUGCUUCGGCCAAGGCUAUAAAGGCAACUGGACAAUUCGAUUCCUUGUCAAGGACGAUCCGCCUAUUGCAGGGGUGAAGAACGCCACCUUGAUCGUGUCGCUGGCGGGCUACUCAUCUGGUGCAAGCGAUACUGUCUGGACCAAUGACCAAGUCGUUGGAAACUUGACGAGCGGCGCCCCAGGGCUGGCGAGUGAUCCGUCGUUGUACAGGUCGGCAACGGCGGCGGGGGAGUGGCGAUAUUUCGAGUUCGGCUUCGAUGCAUCUAUAUUGAAGAAGGGUUGGAACGCUGUGAGGUUUGAACAGACUCGGAAUACCACUUGGCACGGCUUCCUCUGGGAUUCCAUUAUCUUGGAAUGCAUGCGCAACCUACCAGCUCCGCCUCCGCAUUUUUCGCAGCGGAAAAAGAAAAUCCUGGACCAGUUGGCGGUGCCGGAUGCAGAUUACACUGAUGCUUCACCCAAAGGCUCGGUAGAUGCAGGCAUCAGAGAUCUCAUUGAUGAGAUCAAUGCUCUCGAUGGAUUCGUGACCACCAGCAGUUGUGCGGGUCGCGUGAGUGUAUUUUUGGAAGGCCGAAAAGCCCCAGAGAGAGCUGCGGACACUGCCGAUGUCAAAGACGACUCCCCGACUGAAAUCGAAUAUGCUGGUACCGGAGGCAAAGGCGGCGGUGGCAAAUGGCUCUUUGUCUCGCACGAUCCAGUAGAGAAGGAUUGGGAAACUAGAAGCGACAUUGCAACGGCGCUUUUGGGACUUGAGAAGCAGAGUUCCGGUGACAAUACCGCGACCUUUGAGGAAGUGAGACUUGCAGAGUCUCGGUUGAUACACUUCAAGUUUGAGCCGAUGAUCACUUACACGACGGACAGAUUCUUCAUGUUCUCACUGCUUCCCUAG